AUGAACUCUAAAGGUUUCCUCAUUUUUGUGGUUUUAGUUCUUGCUGUUUCUUUUGUACCAGAUAGCGAAGCUUUUACAGCUGGAGGUGGAGGAAAUAUUCCAAGAGGAGCCAAGCGUGAAUAUGCGGUAAGUUUGUAAACUUAUAAACCUUUUAUCUAUUGGCUCUGAAUUAUUCUGUAUAUCUCCAACUCUUUUCAGAAUAGUUAAAGCGUGAACAAAGACUAAAUUGCCAUGAAAAGGCAUAAAUGAAAACUUCAAUUAAAUUAUUUGAAGUUCAAUACGGAUUUGACUCGGUGAAAUCUUCAAUCAAAAUGUUUGACGUUAACUUAGACUAUGACACGUCAUGAAAAAGAAUUUAGUGAACUCUAAUCAACCUGUUUUGUGUGCAUAAGUGAUUCUAGGGCCAAUAUUCAUUUUAGAAAACAACUGCUUUUCGAAACGAACUUGUGAAAGAAAUUUGAGAAUAAAAGUUAACAGAAAAUUUGCAUGAAGUCUGACCUCUGCAGUUGUUUUACACGUCCAAUUCAAUUCUUUAAGGCACAUGCUGAGAAUUUCCAUCAGGAAUAAUAUUCAUUUUCUCGACCAGGUUGUGCCAGUUUUCAAUAAAAUACUUCCCAACUCUGUUCAGAAAGAUUUUUAAACACUUGAUAAAUUAUUCUUGAAGUACUGUAAAUGACAUCUACGAAAUUUAAUCUUCAAGGUUACGCGAUCGGCUGUGGAAAUUCCUUUACCAAACCUAUAGAAUUCCUUUCUUGACUUCUUAGUUCAGCAAAUCGCGGUUUCAGCUUUGAUAUUGCAGUGUCAUUCGUGAAACAUACCUAAGUUAAAAAAGACCAUAUUGUGUGACUAAUCUAUUAACAUCUAUUUUUAUUGUUCUGAAUAUUUCAGCACCAAAAAGCCGGACGUGCCUUGUGCAGAGUCGCCAGAGAACACUGCAAAAGAGAAUUUACACUCGCGGACAGUGAAUAG